GCACGGCCGGCGACCGGCAUUGUUCAUCGGCUCCUUGCUGUUUGCCGUAGGUGGAGGCGUGCAGACAGCAGCGCAGAACACGAUCAUGCUCAUCAUCGGCAGGGUCAUUGCUGGAGUCGGCGUGGGCAUAACAUCCUCGGCCGGGCCAGCCUUCAUCUCCGAAGUCGCGCCGGAGAAGAUCCGUGGCAUGCUCGUAGGCAUCUACCAGAACAACGUGUGCCUGGCCAUCGUGGCUGCUGCAGUGCUGAACUAUGCGGUGCAUGAUGCCACGUGGGGCUGGCGCUUGUCACUUGGUCUUCAAGUAGCUAUGGGCUUGCUGGUGGUCCUCGGCUUGUACUUUGUUUGUGAGACCCCGCGGUUCUUGGAGAGCGCCGGGCGCUCGGACGCAGCCCUGCGGGUGCUGACGCGGCUCCGUGCGGGUGACCAGGAUGCAGCCGCUCACGAGUUGAAGGAGGUGCGGGCAGAGAUCGACACCGAGAAAGCUGCUGGGGACGCCACUUGGAGCGAGGUCUUCACCGUUCCCUUCUUCCGGAAUGUGGUGAUCAUUGGCUGCGCCGUCCAGUUCUUCCAGAUCAUGACUGGGAUCAACGCGAUUGUGAGCUUCAGCGGCACGCUCUUCCAGGCCCUGGGCCUUCACGGCAUCACCUUCUCUAUCAUCCCCUUUGUGGCCUUCACCAUCGGAAACGCUGUAGGGAGCUGUCUCUUGGUGGACCGCGUGGGCCGGCGGCCACUUCUGCUCUAUGGCAUGGUGGCCAUGUGCGUGACGAUGCUCGUGGGGGGUGGAGUGGCAGUGCUCGCACAGGAUCCAGAUGGGCAGAUCGGCACAGCUGCAGGCUACACGAUCGUGUCCAUGAUCGUGGCGUACAUGUUCUCCUUCGGAAUCUCCUGGGGCUUCGGGGCCUGGCUGUACAUCUCCGAGAUCAUGCCGCUGCGGGUGCGCGGAAAGGCCGUGGGACUCUGCACGGCCAUGAACUGGGGUCCUGCCAACGUCAUGAGUGCCUUCCUGACGCCGCAGAUGAUCGCGUCGCCGCUUGGCCCGGGCGGGACGCUGAUCUUCUUCGGGGGCGUCUGCCUCGCCGUGAUCCCCUUCGUGCUCACCUGCGUGCCCGAGACCAAGGGCAAGACCCUGGAGGAGAUCGUGCCACUCUUCCGCUUCUCCGGCUGGAAGGACUUCAAAUCCUUCGCCCAGGAGGAGGACAAGAAGCCCAGCAGCGAAGUCCUGGAGGUCGUUUGGGCCCUGCGCCCGACACACUCCCGGGGCCGGGCCAUUUGCAAGAGGCAUCAGGAGGAGACUAUGGGUGUUGUGGUUCAGGUCCUCUGCAACGUCACUCUGAAGCAAGGUUGGAAUGGAUCCCUGCAGGAAGCAUUGCACGGCCGGCGACCGGCAUUGUUCAUCGGCUCCUUGCUGUUUGCCGUAGGUGGAGGCGUGCAGACAGCAGCGCAGAACACGAUCAUGCUCAUCAUCGGCAGGGUCAUUGCUGGAGUCGGCGUGGGCAUAACGUCCUCGGCCGGGCCAGCCUUCAUCUCCGAAGUCGCGCCGGAGAAGAUCCGUGGCAUGCUCGUAGGCAUCUAUCAGAACAACGUGUGCCUGGCCAUCGUGGCUGCUGCAGUGCUGAACUAUGCGGUGCAUGAUGCCACGUGGGGCUGGCGCUUGUCACUUGGUCUUCAAGCGAUGGGCUUGCUGGUGGUCCUCGGCUUGUACUUUGUUUGUGAGACCCCGCGGUUCUUGGAGAGCGCCGGGCGCUCGGACGCAGCCCUGCGGGUGCUGACGCGGCUCCGUGCGGGUGACCAGGAUGCAGCCGCUCACGAGUUGAAGGAGGUGCGGGCAGAGAUUGACACCGAGAAAGCUGCUGGGGACGCCACGUGGAGCGAGGUCUUCACCGUUCCCUUCUUCCGGAAUGUGGUGAUCAUUGGCUGCGCCGUCCAGUUCUUCCAGAUCAUGACUGGGAUCAAUGCCAUUGUGAGCUUCAGCGGAACGCUCUUCCAGGCCCUGGGCCUUCACGGCAUCACCUUCUCUAUCAUCCCCUUUGUGGCCUUCACCAUCGGAAACGCUGUAGGGAGCUGUCUCUUGGUGGACCGCGUGGGCCGGCGGCCACUCCUGCUCUAUGGCAUGGUGGCCAUGUGCGUGACGAUGCUCGUGGGGGGUGGAGUGGCAGUGCUUGCACAGGAUCCAGAUGGGCAGAUCGGCACAGCUGCAGGCUACACGAUCGUGUCCAUGAUCGUGGCGUACAUGUUCUCCUUCGGAAUCUCCUGGGGCUUCGGGGCCUGGCUGUACAUCUCCGAGAUCAUGCCGCUGCGGGUGCGCGGAAAGGCCGUGGGACUCUGCACGGCCAUGAACUGGGGUCCUGCCAACGUCAUGAGUGCCUUCCUGACUCCGCAGAUGAUCGCGUCGCCGCUUGGCCCGGGCGGAACGCUGAUCUUCUUCGGGUGCGUGUGCCUCGCCGUGAUCCCCUUCGUGCUCACCUGCGUGCCCGAGACCAAGGGCAAGACCCUGGAGGAGCCCCUACAGCUCCCUGAGAUCGUGCCACUCUUCCGCUUCUCCGGCUGGAAGGACUUCAAAUCCUUCGCCCAGGAGGAGGACAAGAAGCCCAGCAGCGAAGUCCUGGAGGGCUUAGGGGCCCUGAUGUUCCUCGAGCUACAAGAGCUUUGGACCCCACUGGGCGAGGGCCUCACACGAGGGCCCUGGGCGGAUGCCCAUUUAAAAUUCAAUUUGUGGGCGAGGCAUCAGGAGGAGACUAUGGGUGUUAUGGUUCAGGUCCUCUGCAACGUCACUCUGAAGCAAGGUUGGAAUGGAUCCCUGCAGGAAGCAUUGCACGGACGGCGGCCAGCAUUGUUCAUCGGCUCCCUGCUGUUUGCCGUAGGUGGAGGCGUGCAGACAGCAGCGCAGAACACGAUCAUGCUCAUCAUCGGCAGGGUCAUUGCUGGAGUCGGCGUGGGCAUAACGUCCUCGGCCGGGCCAGCCUUCAUCUCCGAAGUCGCGCCGGAGAAGAUCCGUGGCAUGCUCGUAGGCAUCUACCAGAACAACGUGUGCCUGGCCAUCGUGGCUGCUGCAGUGCUGAACUAUGCGGUGCAUGAUGCCACGUGGGGCUGGCGCUUGUCACUUGGUCUUCAAGCGAUGGGCUUGCUGGUGGUCCUCGGCUUGUACUUCGUUUGUGAGACCCCGCGGUUCUUGGAGAGUGCCGGUCGCUCGGACGCAGCCCUGCGGGUGCUGACGCGGCUCCGUGCGGGUGACCAGGAUGCAGCCGCUCACGAGUUGAAGGAGGUGCGGGCAGAGAUCGACACCGAGAAAGCUGCUGGGGACGCCACUUGGAGCGAGGUCUUCACCGUUCCCUUCUUCCGGAAUGUCGUGAUCAUUGGCUGCGCCGUCCAGUUCUUCCAGAUCAUGACUGGGAUCAACGCGAUUGUCAGCUUCAGCGGCACGCUCUUCCAGGCCUUGGGCCUUCACGGCAUCACCUUCUCCAUCAUCCCCUUUGUGGCCUUCACCAUCGGAAACGCUGUAGGGAGCUGUCUCUUGGUGGACCGCGUGGGCCGGCGGCCACUUCUGCUCUAUGGCAUGGUGGCCAUGUGCGUGACGAUGCUCGUGGGGGGUGGAGUGGCAGUGCUCGCACAGGAUCCAGAUGGGCAGAUCGGCACAGCUGCAGGCUACACGAUCGUGUCCAUGAUCGUGGCGUACAUGUUCUCCUUCGGAAUCUCCUGGGGCUUCGGGGCCUGGCUGUACAUCUCCGAGAUCAUGCCGCUGCGGGUGCGCGGAAAGGCCGUGGGACUCUGCACGGCCAUGAACUGGGGUCCUGCCAACGUCAUGAGUGCCUUCCUGACGCCGCAGAUGAUCGCGUCGCCGCUUGGCCCGGGCGGGACGCUGAUCUUCUUCGGGUGCGUCUGCCUCGCCGUGAUCCCCUUCGUGCUCACCUGCGUGCCCGAGACCAAGGGCAAGACCCUGGAGGAGAUCGUGCCACUCUUCCGCUUCUCCGGCUGGAAGGACUUCAAAUCCUUCGCCCAGGCAUGUCGUUUGGACCCUGCGCCCGACACACUCCCAGACUUGAACGCCUCAGCCCGCCACGGGGCCGGGCCAUUUGCAAGAGGCAUUGGCGGGAGGCAUCAGGAGGAGACUAUGGGUGUUAUGGUUCAGGUCCUCUGCAACGUCACUCUGAAGCAAGGUCACCACCUGGUGGACAAGCACGGCCGGCGGCCGGCAUUGUUCAUCGGCUCCUUGCUGUUUGCCGUAGGUGGAGGCGUGCAGACAGCAGCGCAGAACACGAUCAUGCUCAUCAUCGGCAGGGUCAUUGCUGGUGUCGGCGUGGGCAUAACGUCCUCGGCCGGGCCAGCCUUCAUCUCCGAAGUCGCGCCGGAGAAGAUCCGUGGCAUGCUCGUAGGCAUCUACCAGAACAACGUGUGCCUGGCCAUCGUGGCUGCUGCAGUGCUGAACUAUGCGGUGCAUGAUGCCACGUGGGGCUGGCGCUUGUCACUUGGUCUUCAAGUAGCUAUGGGCUUGCUGGUGGUCCUCGGCUUGUACUUUGUUUGUGAGACCCCGCGGUUCUUGGAGAGCGCCGGGCGCUCGGACGCAGCCCUGCGGGUGCUGACGCGGCUCCGUGCGGGUGACCAGGAUGCAGCCGCUCACGAGUUGAAGGAGGUGCGGGCAGAGAUUGACACCGAGAAAGCUGCUGGGGAUGCCACGUGGAGCGAGGUCUUCACCGUUCCCUUCUUCCGGAAUGUCGUGAUCAUUGGCUGCGCCGUCCAGUUCUUCCAGAUCAUGACUGGGAUCAACGCCAUUGUGAGCUUCAGCGGCACGCUCUUCCAGGCCCUGGGCCUUCACGGCAUCACCUUCUCUAUCAUCCCCUUUGUGGCCUUCACCAUCGGAAACGCUGUAGGGAGCUGUCUCUUGGUGGACCGCGUGGGCCGGCGGCCACUUCUGCUCUAUGGCAUGGUGGCCAUGUGCGUGACGAUGCUCGUGGGGGGUGGAGUGGCAGUGCUCGCACAGGAUCCAGAUGGGCAGAUCGGCACAGCUGCAGGCUACACGAUCGUGUCCAUGAUCGUGGCGUACAUGUUCUCCUUCGGAAUCUCCUGGGGCUUCGGGGCCUGGCUGUACAUCUCCGAGAUCAUGCCGCUGCGGGUGCGCGGAAAGGCCGUGGGACUCUGCACGGCCAUGAACUGGGGUCCUGCCAACGUCAUGAGUGCCUUCCUGACUCCGCAGAUGAUCGCGUCGCCGCUUGGCCCGGGCGGAACGCUGAUCUUCUUCGGGUGCGUGUGCCUCGCCGUGAUCCCCUUCGUGCUCACCUGCGUGCCCGAGACCAAGGGCAAGACCCUGGAGGAGAUCGUGCCACUCUUCCGCUUCUCCGGCUGGAAGGACUUCAAAUCCUUCGCCCAGGAGGAGGACAAGAAGCCCAGCAGCGAAGUCCUGGAGGUCGUUUGGGCCCUGCGCCCGACACACUCCCAGACUGUAACGCAUCAGGAGGAGACUAUGGGUGUUAUGGUUCAGGUCCUCUGCAACGUCACUCUGAAGCAAGGUCACCACCUGGUGGACAAGCACGGCCGGCGGCCGGCAUUGUUCAUCGGCUCCUUGCUGUUUGCCGUAGGUGGAGGCGUGCAGACAGCAGCGCAGAACACGAUCAUGCUCAUCAUCGGCAGGGUCAUUGCUGGAGUCGGCGUGGGCAUAACGUCCUCGGCCGGGCCAGCCUUCAUCUCCGAAGUCGCGCCGGAGAAGAUCCGUGGCAUGCUCGUAGGCAUCUACCAGAACAACGUGUGCCUGGCCAUCGUGGCUGCUGCAGUGCUGAACUAUGCGGUGCAUGAUGCCACGUGGGGCUGGCGCUUGUCACUUGGUCUUCAAGUAGCGAUGGGCUUGCUGGUGGUCCUCGGCUUGUACUUUGUUUGUGAGACCCCGCGGUUCUUGGAGAGCGCCGGGCGCUCGGACGCAGCCCUGCGGGUGCUGACGCGGCUCCGUGCGGGUGACCAGGAUGCAGCCGCUCACGAGUUGAAGGAGGUGCGGGCAGAGAUUGACACCGAGAAAGCUGCUGGGGACGCCACGUGGAGCGAGGUCUUCACCGUUCCCUUCUUCCGGAAUGUGGUGAUCAUUGGCUGCGCCGUCCAGUUCUUCCAGAUCAUGACUGGGAUCAACGCAAUUGUGAGCUUCAGCGGCACGCUCUUCCAGGCCCUGGGCCUUCACGGCAUCACCUUCUCUAUCAUCCCCUUUGUGGCCUUCACCAUCGGAAACGCUGUAGGGAGCUGUCUCUUGGUGGACCGCGUGGGCCGGCGGCCACUCCUGCUCUAUGGCAUGGUGGCCAUGUGCGUGACGAUGCUCGUGGGGGGUGGAGUGGCAGUGCUCGCACAGGAUCCAGAUGGGCAGAUCGGCACAGCUGCAGGCUACACGAUCGUGUCCAUGAUCGUGGCGUACAUGUUCUCCUUCGGAAUCUCCUGGGGCUUCGGGGCCUGGCUGUACAUCUCUGAGAUCAUGCCGCUGCGGGUGCGCGGAAAGGCCGUGGGACUCUGCACGGCCAUGAACUGGGGUCCUGCCAACGUCAUGAGUGCCUUCCUGACUCCGCAGAUGAUCGCGUCGCCGCUUGGCCCGGGCGGAACGCUGAUCUUCUUCGGGUGCGUGUGCCUCGCCGUGAUCCCCUUCGUGCUCACUUGCGUGCCCGAGACCAAGGGCAAGACCCUGGAGGAGCCCCUGCAACUCCCUGAGAUCGUGCCACUCUUCCGCUUCUCCGGCUGGAAGGACUUCAAAUCCUUCGCCCAGGGCAACCUGCGUGGCGGCCAUGGCUUGGUUGCCGUUGCCGAGACUGCGGGGUUCAAGGAGGAGGACAAGAAGCCCAGCAGCGAAGUCCUGGAGGAGGGCUUCACGGUGAACGGCUUCAACAUCGGCGCGGCCGUCGCCGCCGUCCUGGCAGGUCACCACCUGGUGGACAAGCACGGCCGGCGGCCGGCAUUGUUCAUCGGCUCCUUGCUGUUUGCCGUAGGUGGAGGCGUGCAGACAGCAGCGCAGAACACGAUCAUGCUCAUCAUCGGCAGGGUCAUUGCUGGAGUCGGCGUGGGCAUAACGUCCUCGGCCGGGCCAGCCUUCAUCUCCGAAGUCGCGCCGGAGAAGAUCCGUGGCAUGCUCGUAGGCAUCUACCAGAACAACGUGUGCCUGGCCAUCGUAGCUGCUGCAGUGCUGAACUAUGCGGUGCAUGAUGCCACGUGGGGCUGGCGCUUGUCACUUGGUCUUCAAGUAGCGAUGGGCUUGCUGGUGGUCCUCGGCUUGUACUUUGUUUGUGAGACCCCGCGGUUCUUGGAGAGCGCCGGGCGCUCGGACGCAGCCCUGCGGGUGCUGACGCGGCUCCGUGCGGGUGACCAGGAUGCAGCCGCUCACGAGUUGAAGGAGGUGCGGGCAGAGAUUGACACCGAGAAAGCUGCUGGGGACGCCACUUGGAGCGAGGUCUUCACCGUUCCCUUCUUCCGGAAUGUGGUGAUCAUUGGCUGCGCCGUCCAGUUCUUCCAGAUCAUGACUGGGAUCAACGCGAUUGUGAGCUUCAGCGGCACGCUCUUCCAGGCCCUGGGCCUUCACGGCAUCACCUUCUCUAUCAUCCCCUUUGUGGCCUUCACCAUCGGAAACGCUGUAGGGAGCUGUCUCUUGGUGGACCGCGUGGGCCGGCGGCCACUUCUGCUCUAUGGCAUGGUGGCCAUGUGCGUGACGAUGCUCGUGGGGGGUGGAGUGGCAGUGCUCGCACAGGAUCCAGAUGGGCAGAUCGGCACAGCUGCAGGCUACACGAUCGUGUCCAUGAUCGUGGCGUACAUGUUCUCCUUCGGAAUCUCCUGGGGCUUCGGGGCCUGGCUGUACAUCUCCGAGAUCAUGCCGCUGCGGGUGCGCGGAAAGGCCGUGGGACUCUGCACGGCCAUGAACUGGGGUCCUGCCAACGUCAUGAGUGCCUUCCUGACGCCGCAGAUGAUCGCGUCGCCGCUUGGCCCGGGCGGAACGCUGAUCUUCUUCGGGUGCGUGUGCCUCGCCGUGAUCCCCUUCGUGCUCACCUGCGUGCCCGAGACCAAGGGCAAGACCCUGGAGGAGCCCCUGCAACUCCCUACGCCACCCAAACAUCCUGGCGCAGCUACCCGAAAAUGGCCCAUAAGCCCCCCACCCACAACGUCGGCAGCCCCCCAAGUGCGCAGGAGAUCGUGCCACUCUUCCGCUUCUCCGGCUGGAAGGACUUCAAAUCCUUCGCCCAGGCACGAAGCCAAAGGGGUGGCACCUGUUUUUGGGGAGCGGGCUUGGGCUAGCGGGUUCGGGCUUUGCAAAGGUCUAGGCAAGUUGAAGCCAUAUCAUGCUGUUCACAUUUAUGAUUUCAAAAAUCUCCGAAGCCCCCAGCUACCCUAA